ACUUUUAGUACGCUGCGCAAUUUGGGAUGAUUGGAGCAGGGCUCACCUCUUCAUUACCCUGUUGGGAUUCGUCACGUGAGAGUCGAUCUGUGAGGCAAGAGUAAACAAGCUACUUCAUCAGCUGCUAUGGGUGGCUUUCGAGCUGAGAGGUGGCGCUGCGCAUGCUGGGACUUCGAACUACCAUCCCGAAAUUUUAGUUUCGCUCACUUGGAGCAAAGUAAAAGUUUAUAAACUGUGUCUUAAACGACAACCAAGAUGAGUUCCCCUGGGAAAGCCUGCCUCCCAAACAAAAUGGGAGACCUGAUCACUGAGAACAAUCGCUAGCUGUGACGCAGUGCUAUCUCAGCAGUCAAUACCAGACUGGUGACCAACUCGCACACAUGUACCCAUCGAAGCAGAGAUGGACAGUACGGAGUUUACGUGGUACAAACGAAGGUGGUUGGUUUUAUUCUCCGUGUGUGUGCUCAACAUCUCCAAUGCAGCGAACACCUUCUCCUAUAUAUCACUGUUGGAAGGAGCUAAAACAGUCUAUCAGGUUGAUCACACCUACGUAGUAACUGUUGCACUGGUGAUGCAAGCGUUGCCAAUACUAUCUGGCAUUCCAUCAAUAUUCAUCAUUGAUGCUGUUGGGCUUCGAUCAUCGAUUUGGCUUGGAGGCUUGAUGAACGCUGUUGGCAGCAUCGGGAAGGCAAUCAGCACGCUCCCAAUCUUUAAGAGUGCAGCUUUCACAAACAGCGUUGUCGGAGAUGUCAUCAUAGCUCUUGCUAAGCCAUUCAUCUGUUUCAUUCCCACUUAUGUUUCAUCAGCCUGGUUUCCCACGCGUGAGAGACCUAUUGCUACCGCUUUGGGGUCAUUGUCCUAUCUUAUUGGCAUAAUCUUCACAAAGAUAUUUCUGUGGAACCCGCCCUACCCUGAUCGCAGAGCAGCUGACAUUACUAAACUGAACAAUAUCUGGUGUGGAAUUUCCGUUGCAUCCUUCCUGAUAGCAUUGGUUGCAGUGAGAAGUUCUCGUCCUCCCUCGCCUCCAAGUGACACCGGCAGAGCUGUCGUCCCGCUCAGCAUAAAGAGCAUCGUAAAAUCGUUUGCCAACAAAUCCCUCAGCACUAUCUCACUCUGUGUGGCAUGUCAACUCGCAUUCUUUAUUUAUCUGGUCAUUGAUCUUGAACUGGUGCUAUGUCUCAGAGGAUAUGAGUGGAGUAUGAACUUAAUCACGCUGCUAGGUUUCCUCAUCUCUGGAAUUGUUGCAAGCUGCAGUGCAGGAAUUUUGGUGGCUAAAAACAAAGACGUUAACCAUGUCAGGAAGCUGCUAGUCGGUGCCAUGUGUAUUUCAAUUUCUUUUCUGCCACUGACCAUGCUGACUGAAAGAUAUACAUUUGGUAUCACCAUAAUCUGUAUAAUAAUUGGGCUUGUAGGCUUCCCUGCAUUCACAUUAGGGCUUCACCUAAGUGAUGAGUGUUCAUAUACAUUUCUUCCUGAAUAUGCUAGCAUGGGUGUCAUCCUUCUGCUAAGUCAAGUUUUCAUCAUCGUGUACAGAGGAAUAUUUGAAGGCUUGAGCAAACCAAUAUUGCAUGUGAAUGCCAGCAAUUGCCCAACAAAUGCACUGGUGUAUAAACCAUAUGAUCUAACAAAUCCCUUCUUGUGCAUAGCAGGGCUUCAAGCUUUGUCCUCCAUUCUUUUCAUAGUGUUCUUUGAAACAGACUUCAAAAGAUCCAGAAUCGAAAUGGUUGCACGUCUUCAAAGAAUACUCAACAUCAGACGCUCAGUGGAAAUAUGAACUUCUCAGUUUUACAUUAUGCUCUGCCAACUAAAUGAACACGCUGCUUUCCAAAUGUACCACAGUGUUGAUUAAACUAAAAUUGCUGAGUCUCACUGCAAACACUGUUGCAAGAACCUUUUACCAUA